UAAAGCUCGUGAAUCUCGCGAUAUUUUCAGUUUACUUGCAGAACGAUGGUUGCACAACUUGUUUGGUAACACAAAUGUUGUAAAAGCAUUUUUUUGGUGCCGCAUGUUCUGCCAAAGAAAGCAGCAAACUUUCAUGCAGCUGAAACAGGAGCACUAAAACAAAGCACGUCUUUAAAGGCUGUUUUCGUCGCGUUGAAUAGUUUUCAUCCUUUUUCUUGGAAAAAAAAAAUGCCUGAGGGACCAGAGUUGCACUUGGCCAGCCUGUAUGUGAACAGGAUGUGUGAUGGAGUGGUAUUUGCUGGUGCAGUCAGAAAGUCUGAAGUCAGCAAAAACCCAGAGGUGGCCUUCACCUGCGAGGCCUAUCGCAUAACAGCCGCUUCAAGGGGAAAGGAAGUGAAGCUAACGCUGACGCCCAUCAAGAGUGACGAUCCCGAUCGUAGGGGAAAAGCAGCUCAGCCCAUGGACAUAGUCUUUCGCUUCGGAAUGUCAGGUUAUUUCCGUUUCACGAGCGAGGACGAAGUGCCCAAGCAUGCCCACCUGCGGUUUUACACCAAAGAAAAACCCUGCAAAGUGCUUAGCUUUGUGGAUGCACGCAGGUUUGGAAGCUGGCAGCCCAAUGGGACGUGGCAGCCUGACAGAGGGCCCUGUAUCAUGUUUGAGUAUCAACAUUUCAGGGAGAAUGUUUUGUCAAAUCUGUCUGAUCGGGCUUUUGACCGGCCGAUUUGUGAAGUCCUGCUGAAUCAAAAGUACUUUAAUGGCAUCGGAAACUACCUCAGGGCUGAAAUCCUUUACAGGUUAAACAUCCCACCCUUCGUGCCGGCCCGGGGAGUACUGGAGAGCCUUGGUGCAGACGAUUUGUUUGAGAAUAAGAAGCCUUUGAAAGAUGUAGCCACAAAGAGAGCGAAAAAGAAAGAAGUGAAGCAAGAGGCAGGUGACCUCCUCAGGCUUUGUCACACAGUUCCUUUGGAAGUCAUCAGUCUAGGUGGGAAGGGCUAUGACCCUGAGAAAUCAGACUACUCAGCCUUUCAGGCGUGGCUGCAGUGUUAUUACGUUGAUGGAAUGAAAUCUAUUCGGGACCACAACGGCAGAACCAUGUGGUUUAAAGGAGAUCCUGGUCCCAUGGCACCCAAAAAUUCAAAAUCACCAAAGGCUAAAAAGAGAAUUAAGAACGAGGACGACCAUGAUUACACGAACAAGAAAAAGAUCAGAAGUCAGUCUAAAAGUGCAACAAAGAAAAAGGUGGUCAAAGAGGAGGGGGAGACCGAAACAUCGAAGGUAAAUGAAGCAAAGACAAAGGAAGCUAUUGUUGCCAGAGCAAAGACAGGAAAGACCCAGGAAACAUCAAAACCACAGAUCGGAACAAGAUCGAGUGCACGUCAGAGGAAGGCCAACACAACAGAAGGAGCGGGAGACCAAAAGAAACUAAAUGGAAAAGGAUCAAGGAAGAGCAGAAAACAGGAAAACUAAGGGAGCAUUUGAUACUUUCAAAUAUUUUUUUAAUAAAUCAUUUUUUAACAAAAA